ACUCCAACCUCGUGAAAGUGACAGACUGACACGUUUUCAUUUUUGUCAAAAACAACAUGCGAAACGAACUCAGCCAAUCUUCUCUCUGCUGUGUGGGCACGAGCAAAUGCGCGUGCAUGCUAUCAAUCAGAUUGCAUCAAGAUGGCCGCUUCCAGUGCAGCGCUCUCAAUGUCCAAAAUCAUCAAACCCAUUUGGUGUGGACGGUUGUCAACGACGGCAAAAGUAAGAUCGUUUUUAUGAUUCACAGUUAUGAUGAUAAUGGAACUACAUAAAACUAGGCUUGAAAUCAAUAGUGUUUCUAGACUAGAACACAAGGUCAUAUCUGGUUAGCUAGCUAGCUAGCUUCCUGGGGUGCAGUCAUUACUCCAAACAGUUGCAAAACAACAGAAUGUAGCGUUUCUAUUGGACAGAUUCAGUAGGUCCUGCCCUCUUUGCUGAACCUGUUCAAUAGAAACGCUAGUUUUCGUUGCAAAACGUUUGGAGUAAUGAUUACACCCCUGGUUAACAUAAGCAGGAAGGGCAUGUUAGUGUCCACAACUCUCUUCCACUGCUAUCUCCUCAUACAUUCAUACUGUACUGUUGAAUGUGUAUCACUGUUGGAUGACAACAGGCUACUAGAAAGCCUCACAGGUCGUCAAUGACCACAUAAUCCACAAAUUGAGUUAGGUAACGCCCGGUUCUUUCCUGUUCUGUUUCCUCAGGUUUUUGGAGCCACAGUGAGCAGUCGCAGAGAGAAGUCAACAGUAGUGAGUGCCCAUCUAAGAAUCGGUAUCAAAUAGACUAUCUGUGGUGUUAUGAGUAGGCCUAGACCUUGUGAAUGCUGUCUGGCAGAGUGUGCAGAGCUAGGCCUCUUAUAGCCAAGUUUAACUCAACUCCACAAUGUACAUCACAUCAAUGGAGUUGAGCGGAGACCACUGUUGACGUACUGAACCUCUGACUUCGAAUAGCUGUCAGUCGAUACUUGUAAAAAUGUACAUUCUUAAACCCUUACCGUGUACCUAUCUUGUCUUUCUUUGUUUGCUGAAAUCCAUACUUUUUAAUAAAAUUUUCCUCAAACGCAACCACUAACUGUUUCCUCGUAUCGACUGACAGCGACUCGAUGUAGUCGUCGCAUUUCAGCUAGGCCACUUGACAUUUUAGCUACAUGAGUUGCCUCGUACACUUGAGUGUCAGAAAUCAUAAGGGUUGCUGUCAACUAUGUCUAUUUUAAGCAUCAUACUAACAAUGUAGUGUAAGUUGUGUGAUGUUGCUAGCCUACACAGGUAUUUUACUAUGACCAGAACGAGCUUCACACUGGCACUCUGUCAGACUCAAACGUUUCUGAGGGACAUUCAGACGGAACUCUAGAUACUUCUGCUUGGUAUUGAUUAUUUUGGGGUUGAUUUGGUGUGACAAAGCUAACUCUGCUAACUAACUCAAUUGUCAGCCUCAGGCUGAGCAUUUUUAACCUGAUGAAGCCCCUUUUCAAAUUAUUUGGACCACAUUGGGGAGAGGGAAUCAGGGAUGAGCUACCAAUCUAAGGGGGGAAGGGCAACUGUUGGAUUUCAGGUGCUUUGCUAAUCUCUCACUGUAUUGUUCCGCUUUUCCGGCCGCGUUUCUACAACUAACAGGGACAAAUCAUUGUAAGUACCACGUUACAUCCCAUCAUAUCAUGUUACAGGCCUCCACAUACCCACGUUACACAUAACACACCUUAUUCAUACAAUUGCCACACAACCACAGCAUGGUAAUAACUCUGACAGAACAAUACACAAAGAUGACAAAUGUAUACAUUUCAGCCCCCUCCUGCGAAGUAUGGUGGCAGACACACUGUAACUCUGAUACCUGGAGAUGGUAUUGGACCAGAACUUCUCAAUCACGUCAGGGAGCUCUUCAGGUCAGUUAAAUGUGUAUUAUAACAGUCUAUAACAUGUUUAUUAGCUGUUAUUCACAGUUUAUAAACGACUUAUAAACACAUAGCCACAUAUGUCCCUGGGAGCUCUUAACAUCUGUUAAAGGAACAAUCCACUCUAAAACAAUCUUUUGGUAUUUGUUUCAUUUGUCCACUGUUACAGUUCCACAAUGUUUUUCUUGUCAGCAAUAACGUGUUUAAAAUAUUUAACUUUCAAAACACUCUGUCACAUCAUCAUGAUGAUGCGUUUUGAUCAUCAUGAUGUGGCAAGUGACAAUUUUCAUUUAGAAAGGUAUAUAUCAUGAGUGGAUUACCAAAAUAUCGUUUAAGUUUAUUAUAACUGAUUAUAACAUUCAUGACUUAUAAACACCUGUACCAGUUAAACAGUUUGUAUUAAAUAUAUAUUGGAUUAAAGCGGUAGGGAGUGGCUACCAAGUUCCUAAAAUGUUAUUCACAGCUUAUGAACUGCUUAUAAACACAUCAACAUAUGUCUCACAUACACUACCGGUCAAAUGUUUUAGAACACCUACUCAUUCAAGGGUUUUUCUUAAUUUUUACUAUUUUCUACAUUGUAGAAUAAUAGUGAAGACAUCAAAACUAUGAAAUAACACAUAUGGAAUCAUGUAGUAGCCAAAAAAGUGUUAAACAAAUCAAAAUAUAUUUUAUAUUUGAGAUUCUUCAAAUAGCCACCCUUUGCCUUGAUGACAGCUUUGCACACUCUUGGCAUUCUCUCAACCAGCUUCAUGAGGUAGUCACCUGGAAUGCAUUUCAAUUAACAGGUGUGCCUUUUCAAAAGUUAAUUUAUUUGGUAAAAGACCAAGUCCAUAUUAUGUCAAGAACAGCUCAAAUAAGCGAAGAGAAAAUGACAGUCCAUCAUUACUUUAAGACAUGAAGGUCAGUCAAUACGGAACAUUUCAAGAACUUUGAACGUUGCAAGUGCAGUUGCAAAAACCAUCAAGCGCUAUGAUGAAACUGGCUCUCAUUAGGACCACCACAGGAAUGGAAGACCCAGAGUUACCUCUGCUGCAGAGGAUAAGUUCAUUAGUUACCAGCCUCAGAAAUUGCAGCCCAAAUAAAUGCUUCACAGAGUUCAAGUAACAGACACAUCUCAACAUCAACUGUUCAGAGGAGACUGUGUGAAUCAGGCCUUCAUGGUCGAAUUGCUGCAAAGAAACCACUACUAAAGGACACCAAUAAGAAGAAGAGACUUGCUUGGGCCAAGAAACAUGAGCAAUGGACAUUAAACCGGUGGAAAUUUGUCCUUUGGUCUUUGUGAGAUGUGGUGUGGGUGAACGGAUGAUCUCCGCAUGUGUAUUUCCCACCGUAAAGCAUGGAGGAGGAGGUGUUAUGGUGUGGGGUGCUUUGCUGGUGACACUGUCUGUGAUUUAUUUAUAAUUCAAGGCACAUUUAACCAGCAUGGCUAUCACAGCAUUCUGCAGCGUUACGCCAUCCCAUCUGGUUUGGGCUUAGUGGGACUAUCAUUUGUUUUUCAACAGGACAAUGACCCAACACACCUCAAGGCUGUGUAAGGGCUAUUUGACCAAGAAGGAGAGUGAUGGAGUGCUGCAUCAGAUGACCUGGCCUCCACAAUCCCCCGACCUCAACCAAAUUGAGAUGGUUUGGGAUGAGUCGGACCGCAGAGUGAAGGAAAAGCAGCCAACAAGUGCUCAGCGUAUGUGGGAACUCCUUCAAGACUGUUGGAAAAGCAUUCCAGGUGAAGCUGGCUGAGAGAAUUUUUUAAUUUUUAUUUAUUUAAAUUGUUGUCCUUUAGCAGACGCUCUUAUCCAGAGCGACUUACAGUUAGUGAGUGCAUACAUUCUUUUAUUUUAAUUUUUCAUACUGGCCCCCCGUGGGAAUCGAAUCCACAACCCUGGCGUUGCAAACGCCAUGCUCUACCAACUGAGCUACAUCCCUGCCGGCCAUUCCCUCCCCUACCCUGGACGACGCUGGGCCAAUUGUGCGCCGCCCCAUGGGUCUCCCGGUCGCGGCCGGCUACGACAGAGCCUGGAUUCGGACCAGGAUCUCUAGUGGCACAGCUAGCACUGCGAUGCAGUGCCUUAGACCACUGCGCCACUCGGGAGAGAAUGCCAAGAGUGUGCAAAGCUGUCAUCAAGGCAAAGGGUGGCUAUUUGAAGAAUCUCAAAUCUCAAAUAUAUUUUUAUUUGUUUAACACUUUUUUGGUUACUACAUGAGUCCAUAUGUGUUAUUUCAUAGAAAAUAAUAAAAAAUAAAGAAAAACCCUUGAAUGAGUAGGUGUUCUAAAACGUUUGACCGGUAGUGUACAUAGUGGUACAACCAAUGAGUUGAGGUAGAAUGACUGAGUCGGUUUUGUUCUAUAGGUUCAGCUGUGUGCCUGUGGACUUUGAGGUAGUGAACGUCUGCUCAGCUACUGAGGAUGACAUCAAUAAUGCCAUUACUGCCAUCCGCCGUAAUGGAGUGGCCCUCAAAGGUAGGAGAAACACUGUAGUGCUCAUAGCACCAUGCUCUUGUACUCGCAUUGUAGGCAGGUUCCAGCUAUAGGACCAUUUAUCCGUAACUGCAAAUGUGUCACUCACUGCAACAUAUGAUAAAUUGUGUGUCUGUAUUCUAUAGAAUGCCUAUAACACUGUCACCAUGUUUAUGCAUUUGUUUGUUUGUAGGUAACAUUGAAACCCUCCACACCCUGCCUGCUUCCCACAAGUCCAGAAACAACCUCCUCCGGUAAGUACAGGUUUCAAUCCAACGUUUUAUUUUAAAAAGACAUCUUCCUCGAGUGCUCCGCUUACGGGGUGCCUUUCUCUAUCCCAAACGGUCCUCUCUAUCCCAAACGGUCCUCUAUUGCUCUGCGGCUCUCUCUGUCCAGCCUGUCAGCUUACACUGUCUCCACUCAUCUCACUGCCCCCCAGUACCACUUUGGACCUGUAUGCCAACGUCAUGCACUGUAAGUCCCUCCCUGGAGUCCAGACUCGCCACAACAACAUUGACAUCAUGAUCAUCAGGGAGAACACUGAGGGAGAGUACAGCAGUCUGGAGCAUGAGGUUAGAUGCACACAGAUGCACAGACACACACGCAGACACGUACGCACACGCACAGACAGACACACACACACUUUUUCUCCUCUCAACUUAUCCCUUUCUUUUUUCGUUCACACUCUUUGCUUGAUAUAACCUGCAUUAACAUCCCUCUCUCCUUCCCUUCCUCCUGUAGAGUGUAUCAGGGGUGGUGGAGUGUCUAAAGAUCAUCACCCGGACUAACUCCCUGAGAAUCGCUGAGUAUGCCUUUAAAUUGGCCCGGGAGAAAGGUCGCAAGAGGGUCACUGCCGUCCACAAGGCCAACAUCAUGUAAGUCAAGUCAGCCGAGGUGUAGAUGUGUAUUCCACCAGUUGUCUGUUCUAAUGACUCACACUCUGAGCACUUUGGGGCUGCGGUCCAAUUGUGUACCCUUCUCCCCGAAGUGUGCACUCGUUCGCUCCACCUCAUAAAUUUAAAAGGGACAGAGUUGUGUAAGAAAUAUGGUGGUAACUGUACCCGCCCCCUAGCCCAUGUGUACACUAUUCCAAUGCUUUGAAAAGAACGAGGUGGAGUGAACAAGUCAAGUGGACACUUCAAGAAGAAGGGUAGAGUGUCAGAAUGCAACCAAGGGGUUGAACGUCCCUUCUCCCCUUCACAGGAAGCUGGGAGAUGGUCUGUUUCUGCAGUGCUGUAGAGAGGUGGCUGCUGGGUACCCUGACAUUGCCUUUGACGCCAUGAUAGUCGACAACACCACCAUGCAGGUAUGAACAUCAAUGCUAUCUUUAUUAUACAGGCACACCAGAAAGUUUUUACCUGGUCCCAGAUCUGUUUGUGCUGUCCCGCCAACUCAUAUGGCCGUUGAUAUUGCCAUGAAUUGGCACUUGGCAAGAUGGUACAAACAGAUCUGGGACCAGGCUAAGAAAGUUUUGUCCAUGUUACUCAUGCUUAUUAGUGUUGUUUACCCAUUCCCCUCUUGUUCCCUAGCUGGUGUCCAAGCCCCAGCAGUUUGAUGUGAUGGUGAUGCCCAACCUGUAUGGUAACGUGGUCAGCAACGUGUGUGCCGGCCUGGUGGGAGGGCCUGGGCUGGUGCCGGGGGCUAACUACGGCCGCGACUAUGCUGUCUUCGAAACGGUCAGUCCAAUGGGCACCUGUAAUGUCUGCAACUUUGAAAAUGUAAUAUGAUGCUCCUACAGUGGUUUGAAACGCACCUACAACAUACAAUGUUUAGCUCCCAUUGGGAUCUUAGUCCAAUUUAAAUAGGGCUUAGCAUUUGUAAAUUGAGGAGUGAAUGCUGGACUUAAACAGUGGUCAGUUGACGUGGCCAGGUAUAUCAAUGAUCUCUCGAUAUGUUCGCUCUCUGUCUCUCUCUGUGUCUUUUCUCUAUGUAACUCUCAGGCCACCAGAAACACAGGGAAGAGUAUUGCUGACAGGAACAUUGCUAACCCCACUGCCAUGCUACUGGCCAGCUGCAUGAUGCUGGACCACCUCAAGUAAGUUCACCUUGCAUCGUCUAAUGAAGGGGCUGUUUCUAAACCAUGACAAUGUGUACAGUGAAGGAAAAAAGUAUUUGAUCCCCUGCUGAUUUUGUACGUUUGCCCACUGACAAAGAAAUGAUCAGUCUAUAAUUUUAAUGGUAGGUUUAUUUGAACAGUGAGAGACAGAAUAACAACAAAAUAAUCCAGAAAAACGCAUGUCAAAAAUGUUAUAAAUUGAUUUGCAUUUUAAUGAGGGAAAUAUGUAUUUGACCCCCUCUCAAUCAAAAAGAUUUCUGGCUCCCAGGUGUCUUUUAUACAGGUAACGAGCUGAGAUUAGGAGCACACGCUUAAAGGGAGUGCUCCUAAUCUCAGCUUGUUACCUGUAUAAAAGACACCUGUCCACAGAAGCAAUCAAUCAGAUUCCAAACGCUCCACCAUGGCCAAGACAAAAGAGCUCUCCAAAGAUGUCAGGGACAAGAUUGUAGACCUACACAAGGCUGGAAUGGGCUACAAGACCAUCGCCAAGCAGCUUGGUGAGAAGGUGACAACAGUUUGUGCGAUUAUUCUCAAAUGGAAGAAACACAAAAGACUGUCAAUCUCCCUCGGCCUGGGGCUCCAUGCAAGAUCUCACCUCGUGGAGUUGCAAUGAUCAUGAGAACGGUGAGGAAUCAGCCCAGAACUACACAGGAGGAUCUUGUCAAUGAUCUCAAGGCAGCUGGGACCAUAGUCACCAAGAAAACAAUUGGUAACACACUAUGCCGUGAAGGACUGAAAUCCUGCAGCGCCCGCAAGGUCCCCCUGCUCAAGAAAGCACAUAUACAGGGCUGUCUGAAGUUUGCCAAUGAACAUCUGAAUGAUUCAGAGGAGACCUGGGUGAAAGUGUUGUGGUCAGAUGAGACCAAAAUCGAGCUCUUUGGCAUCAACGCAACUCGCCAUGUUUGGAGGAGGAGGAAUGCUGCCUAUGACCCCAAGAACACUAUCCCCACCGUCAAACAUGGAGGUGGAAACAUUAUGCUUUGGGGGUGUUUUUCUGCUAAGGGGACAGGACAACUUCACCGCAUCAAAGGGACGAUGGACGGGGCCAUGUACCGUCAAAUCUUGGGUGAGAACCUCCUUCCCUCAGCCAGGGCAUUGAAAAUGGGUCGUGGAUGGAUAUUCCAGCAUGACAAUGACCCAAAACACACGGCCAAGGCAACAAAGGAGUGGCUCAAGAAGAAGCACAUUAAGGUCCUGGAGUGGCCUAGCCAGUCUCCAGACCUUAAUCCCAUAGAAAAUCUGUGGAGGGAGCUGAAGGUUCGAGUUGCCAAACGUCAGCCUCGAAACCUUAAUGACUUGGAGAAGAUCUGCAAAGAGGAGUGGGACAAAAUCCCUCCUAAGAUGUGUGUAAACCUGGUGGCCAACUACAAGAAACGUCUGACCUCUGUGAUUGCCAACAAGGGUUUUGCCACCAAGUACUAAGUCAUGUUUUGCAGAGGGGUCAAAUACUUAUUUCCCUCAUUAAAAUGCAAAUCAAUUUAUAACAUUUUUGACAUGCGUUUUUCUGGAUUUCUUUGUUGUUAUUCUGUCUCUCACUGUUCAAAUAAACCUACCAUUAAAAUUAUAGACUGAUCAUGUCUUUGUCAGUGGGCAAACGUACAAAAUCAGCAGGGGAUCAAAUACUUUUUUCCCUCACUGUAUGUAUUAUCUGCGCUGCAGUCGACUUGUUGAACAGAACAGAUGACGUGAAAGUCAAUUCAUUGUAUUUCUGUGUGUCUCAGGCUCCAUGAUUAUGCCACUAUGAUCAGGAAUGCAGUCCUGACGACCAUGAACGAGACUCAGGUAAGUCAAGUUCUCUCACCUCAUUGUACAAUACACUCACCAGGGGUGUAUUCACUAAGAAACCCAACAGAACCAAACGGAAGCAAAGGAAAGCAAGCAAGCAAACGGAAUGAAACGGGGAGGGACCUAACUGAAUUUGUCAUUGCAAAACGUUUUCUGUUUGGAGUAAACGGUUUGUGUUGCAAACGUUUUGCAACUGUUUGCUACGAUCUAAUUAAUACACCUCUGCUCAAUACUCUCACCUCACUGCACACCUAUCACGCUACUCAAUACUCUCACCUGACUUAACACGUCACUGCUCUGUAUAUACACACACCUUACUGCCGACUUACCUCCUGAGGGUCUGGCCAGUUAUCAACGGAGCGCAUGCAAAUAAAGAGCUAUUCACAUUUAUUCUAUUUUUUGAAAGUAUUUUAAUUGUCUGCUAUUAUAGCUAGAAAUGUAUCAAAUUCCUCCUUGACACUCUGGGCCAGGGGUAGGCAACUAGAUUCAGCCACGGUCCGUUAAUUGUCGGAGCGGAUGGUCAGGGGGCCAGAACAUAAUUAUAAUUAUUUGUACACUGCAAAUUGACCACAGCAAAAUAAAAAUCACUCACUUGGCCUGGCACAGGUUUGGCAACAGGCUGCCCGUGGGCCAAAACCGUCCCGCGGGCAGCCUGUUGCCGACCCCUGCUCUAGGCCAACCUGUCCAACCUGUAAUCUAAUGUAUGCUGCUCUAUUGAGCCUCUUCGUCUUCAUAAUUUUUUGCCAUUGUAACCACUGAUUUAUUAUCAGUAUAGAAUCCCUCUGAGGAGGGUGUGAUUUGAUAGUACUUCUGGGGCCUGUACAGGGGAGAGCAAUGUUACAGAAUUUUCAGAAAUAAAUGUAUUGUGUAGAAUAGAUAUGAUUGUCUGUCACAGAGAAUAUGGAAUGGUGUUCGCUUUAUUUGCUAUAUGUAUAUUGUUUCUUUGAGUAGAAUGUGAUUUGUGACAUGUUAUAUUUCUGUUAUCCUGCAGUUGCACACAGACCUGAGGGGAUAUAAUGGCAAUGUUGACAGUUGUCUUACAUAGCAUCUGCCUAUUAUAAUAAUAAUAUUAUUCUCCUGCAGUUGCACACAGCUGACAUCGGGGGGCAGGGCACCACCUCUGAGGUGGUCCAGGCUAUCAUGAGGAACAUCCAGAGCAAGGGGCCUCUCACCAGCGAGCUCUGA